GUUACAAAGGUAAUAGUCACCCCACAAAUUGGCAUUAGGUGUUUAGAGCCUGGGCCAUAAUGUUAUAUUAUUUGCUGUUUCUGGUCCCAGUGGCUAGCGCCUUGCUCUUCCCGGGUGAGAAAUGUGGAGGGUAUAUCUGUUUAAACUCAACAUUACACGAAGUUAAUUGUAAAGAUGGCGUCUGUAACUGUAAUGAAGGUUACUAUGGAAACGGCAGGUUUCAGUGUGUCAAAAAGAGUACGGCCUGUGUCUGCUAUCUCUAUGGUGAUCCACACGUGACAGCUUUCUCUGAGGCUGUAAUAAAAAUUCCGUUACCAUGUCGUCAUAUCCUGUCGGAGUUUAUUACGCCCACUGGUGUGUCCGUCAAGGUUGCAGCCUUGGGUGUAGAAAGUAGUGAGGGUAUACCCGGGCUAAUCUAUGAAGAACAGAUCUACUUUGACGCAUCCAAAGGUACCACGACCGCUCAUGCAAAUAUCAGACGAUCUGGAUUCUAUAACAAAGGUUUGCAUAUACCACUUCCGGUUCGUGAGAAUUUCCCAGAUAUAGGGUUAACGGUGUACGGAGAAAACGAGUCACACUAUUGGAGACUCGAACUACCCCGGCAUAAAGUUAUUGUUAGGUAUAGGAGUGCCGAUUCCUCCCUGACCAUCCAGACACCACGUGGUUCGACAUUCUCCGGAGAUCGACCCUGUGGUAAUUGUGACGACCCACCAGAUGCCUUUGUUAGGGCGUCUAUUGCUCAAAGAUUGUCUCUGAAUGAACUUUCUUUCUAUAAAACUGUACUGAGUUUGGAUUUUGAUAAAGAACAAAAUCCAACGUGUAAAGCCUUGAGUUCCGCAGCAACAUCGUGCCCUGAGACCAAACUACAAAACGCUCUACAGUUCUGUGGUGCUCCGUAUGCCGACAAGGAGAUUGGGAAAUGUUUCGUACUGGCCUAUGGUAAAGAAGAAGUCCUGGCCAAAACAGCAGAAUGCGUGAACACAUUUUGUCAGUCGACUAUCACAGACCUUUGUACGGAAGUAACCGGUGUCCUGGCGGCAUGCUCGUAUCGUUCAGAGAAGGAAAAUAUCAUUGAUAAAAUGUGUCAACCAGGACAAUAAGAAGCAUAUCUAUUUUUAUCUAAAAAUUCGUCUACUUAUUUGCUCAUCCUCUUAAAAUUUGAUUUGGAUUCCAGUAUGAAUAUUCAGAAUGAUAAGCUGACGUCCUGUUCGUCUAUGAUCAAAUAUAUAUACAAAUAACAUAACCAAUUAAAUUCGUCAGUCGGUGCAGUUCGUUUUUAUCUCAUUGCGAACGAACCUGGCGUCACUUUAUAAUUUCUAGAAAUGAUAAGAUUAGCUGAAUAUUCUUAUCGUAUUUUGGUGUAAAUAGUAUUCUCUUUACAAUCUCUUUAAAGCGAUAGUCAUGAUUGAUUCAAGGGUAUGUGGUUUGUAAACACAGAUGAAUCUACAGGGGUUAAAUGUCGCCUUCAGCGCAGCGACACUGAUAGCAUCAAUAUUCACCAUUCCAAUUUUCAUUUAGAUGUAUGUGGUUCCUGUAAUUUCACUUCAACUAUGCGUCCUUAUAUUUCAAUAGCCUUUGCGGUAGUGACGUCAUAAAACGCUUACUCAAUAGUGAAAUUGAAGAGCCACAGACGUCGAAUAAAAAUUGGAAUGGUGCAAAUUGAUGAUAUCAGCGGUUUACCAUCCCUUUCAUACUGUAAAACAUCAACUCAUUUCUACUAAUAAUAUUUUAUUUUCUUUUUAUA